GUGGCGAAAGCGCUGGUGCGUGCUGAAGGACGAGACGUUCAUGUGGUUCCGUUCCAAACAGGAGUCUCUGAAGUCAGGCUGGUUGUAUAAGAAGGGCGGAGGAUUGUCCACCCUGUCGCGCAGGAACUGGAAGAUGCGCUGGUUUGUGCUGCGGGACUCGAAGCUCAUGUACUUCGAGAACGACAGCGAGGAGAAGCUCAAAGGCACCAUCGACAUCCGUACAGCCAAGGAGAUUGUAGACAACCACGAGAAGGAGAACGCGCUGAACAUCGUGACCGAUGAACGCACGUAUCAGGUGUUUGCCGAGUCUCCGGAAGAUGCCAGUGGUUGGUUCACGGUGCUGAGUCGGGUCCACACUGCCACUCCAGAGCAGCUGCUGGAGAUGUCCCAUGAGCAGGCCAACCCAAAGAACGCAGUGGGCACGCUGGAUGUCGGACUGAUCGACUCUGUUUGUGCGUCCGACAAUCCGGACCGCCCCAACUCGUUUGUGAUCAUCACUGCGAAUCGUGUGAUCCACUGCAACACGGAGCUUCCGGAGGAGAUGCACCACUGGAUCAGCCUCCUGCAGAAACCCAAAGGAGACGCCAAAGUCGAAGGCCAGGAGUUCCUGGUUAGAGGCUGGCUGCAUAAAGAGGUGAAGACCGGAGCAAAGAGCAGUGCGCUGAAACUGAAGAAGCGCUGGUUCAUCCUGACCAACAACUCUCUGGAUUACUACAAAUCAGCCGAGCGCAGCACAUCCAAGAUGGGCACGCUGGUGCUGAACAGCCUGUGCUCCGUGGUCCAGCCCGACGAGAAGGUCUUCAAAGAGACGGGAUACUGGAACAUCGUGGUUCAUGGGAGGAAACACUCCUACCGGCUCUACACCAAGAUGCUGAACGAGGCUAUGAGAUGGGUUUCAGCGAUUCAGGGGGUCAUCGAGAACAAGGCGCCCAUCGAGACCCCGACGCAGCAGCUCAUCCGGGACAUCAAGGAGAACAGUGUGAAUUCCGAGGCGGUGGAGCAGAUGUAUCGCCGGAACCCCAUCCUCCGCUACACGCAGCACCCGCUGCACUCGCCCCUGCUGCCCUUACCAUACGGAGAGAUCAACAAUAGCCUGCAAAAGGAGAAGGGCUACGGCAGCCUGCAGGACGAGGCGGUGAAGAUCUUUAACUCUCUGCAGGAGAUGGAGAUUGUCUCAGACCCGGUGGCCAUCAUCCAGGGCAUCCUGCAGACCUGCCAUGACCUGAAGCCACUCCGAGAUGAGGUCUACUGUCAGCUGAUCAAACAGACCAAUCAUGUGCCUCAGCCCAACAGCCCGGGCAACCGCGCACACUGGCACCUACUCACAUGCAUGAGCUGUACGUUCCUUCCCAGCCGCGCCAUCCUGCGCUACCUGCGAUUCCAUCUCAAGAGGGUGAGGGAGCGUCAUCCCGGCACAGAGAUCGAGAAGUACGCCCACUUCAUCAGCGAGUCUCUGAAGAAGACCAAGACGAGGGAGUUUGUGCCGUCUCAGGAGGAGAUCGCCGCCCUGCUGACCAGGCGCGAGAUGGCCACCACGGUGUACUGCCACGGAGGAGGAUCCUGCAAGAUCUCCAUCAACUCCCACACCACUGCAGGAGAGGUUGUGGAGAAGCUGAUCCGAGGCCUGGCGAUGGAUAACAGCCGGAAUCUGUUCUCUCUAUUUGAACACAACAAGGUGGAGAGUCGAGCUAUCGAGAGCCGCAUCAUCGUAGCUGACAUUCUGGCCAAGUUUGAAAGACUGGCAGGAAGUGAGGAAGAAGAAGAGGAAGGGCCGUGGCGGCUUUAUUUUAAACUGUACUGCUUCCUUGACGUGGACAGCAUGCCCAAAGAAGGGGUGGAGUUUGCCUUCAUGUUCGAACAGGCUCAUGAGAGUCUGAUCAGCGGCCAUUUCCCAGCGUCCGAGGAGACGCUGCAGCACCUGGCCGCACUCCGGUUGCAGUACAUCCACGGAGACGUGGCACGCACGCCGUGGAGCCUGAGCAGCGUGUAUCCAGUGGCUCGCCUCCGCACCCGCAUCCUGCACUCCACCAAGUUUGGCGGGUCUGGUGGUGCUGGAGUCGUGGGGGUGGGGCCAGGAGGCCACACGCUCGAGAGGAGGAGGACCAGCUUCCUGGAUGGCACGCUGAGGCGCAGCUUCAAGACCGGCUCGCUGAAGAAGCAACGAGAGGAAGAGCAGAUGCUGGAGAUGUUUGUUAAGGAGGAGAUGUCAGCCACUCUGACCAGCGUCCUGGAGAAGUGGAACCGUCUGCAGGGGAUGCCUCAACACCAGGCCAUGCUCAGUUACAUGACCAUCAUCAAAGAGUGGCCCGGAUACGGAUCUACGCUCUUCGACGUCGAGUGUAAAGAAGGAGGCUUCCCUCAUGACCUGUGGCUUGGAGUGAGUGCAGAGAACGUGUCUGUGUAUAAAAGAGGAGAACCCAAACCACUCGAGACCUUCCAAUACGAGCACAUCGUCUUCUUCGGCGCUCCGCAGCCCAGCACCUACAAGAUCACCGUUGACGAGAGGGAGAUGUUUUUCGAGACUCCUCGGGUGGGCGAGAUCACGAAGAUCAUGAAGGCCUACAUCAACAUGAUCGUCAAGAAGCGCUGCAGCGUCAUGUCCGUCACCAGCACAGGCAGCGCUUGGAUCAGGUGAUCCAAACCAGCCAAACGGAUUUACGGGCUUGUGAGCAAUGAAAUUACCAGCGAGAGAAAAAAAUUCCUUGUGUUGAACCAGGAAACAUGAGCACAGUAAGUGAGGAUAGAAGAGAGAAGUCUGAAAAACAGCUGGACCACAGUUUUCCUGGUGAAACUUAUCACACUCCUCCAAAGCACAACAAAGCUCCUGUGACGUGAUCCCUCCCUCCCUUAAUGCUGGCACCACCACUGCUGGCUUUCUCUUUUAAUCUCAUUUCUUCUUUCCUUCAUCCAGUCCGGCUCAUAACUCUCCAUCAUGUCAUGUUCUCCUUGCUACUGUUCACCCACUGUCCUGAUUCCAUAGUGUUGGGGACAAAAUGAACUCCUCCAUUCGAGUCACACUGAGAGCCAUUUUUUUUUAAAGCCGAGGCCACUGGCAGCCAUCUAUGUACUUAUUUAUUUAUUUACUUACUUACUUACUUACUUACUUACUUACUUAUUUAUUUAUCUAUUUAUUUAUUUAUUUAUUUAUUUAGUAAUUGGCGGAUUAUUUAUUUAUUGAUCACCGGUCAGUACUCAAGUCGAGCCAGUUCAACUUAAAGCAACACGACUCAAGUGAACUCACCCGAAUUCAACUCAGUUCAGUUCAGCUCAAACGGAAUCAACUCGAAUCAACUCAGCACAGCUGAACUCGGCUCAGAUCGAGUCAUCUCAACUCAACUCGAUUCGGCUUAACUCGAGUGAUCUCGAUUCAAUCCGACUCAACUGAAAUCAACACGGAUGAACUCAGCUCAUUUAAUCUGAUCUUAAAUCAGUUUAACUCAAUUCGGCAGAACUCAAGUGAAACUCAAUAUCAACUUGGCUCAGUUCAGCUCAACUCAGCUGCUCAGCACCACUCCGAUCGGAUCUUUUCAUACGUCGCCGUCAGGAUCUCUAUUUCCUAUUUUAUAGUCAGGACACAAACACAUCCAACACACGCAACAAACACACUGAGUUCCUGUACUGUUCACUCCAAUGCACAAAACAGGCUAAUGAACAGCAUGAAUGCACAACAGUUUUAAAAGCAUCAACAUACCUCCAUGUCCCCGGUACGGCGAAUCAAAACGACUGACACGAUCCAUCAGUAUUACACCAAGCAAGGCCAGGGUUCGACUGGGGACAUUCACAUAACCAGCACACACUUCUUUUUCUUUUGUUUGUAAAGACUAACGUUUGAUCAAAUCGAAUCAGUAUCACGUUUAAGGACGUGUGUGAAUGCGAACCUGAGCUACUUUCUCGCCUCUGAUGAACCAGUAUUGAUAUUAGUAUUAAAUCCUCCUAUGAGUCUGUUUGUGAAAGCAUUAGAGUGAAUGUGGCAGAAGUUAAAAAGAGACAGCUAAUCACUUAAGAGACGGUUUAUGCUUUCUGACCGAACAAAUAAUGGAAGGAUGCAGACAUCCAGAAGAAGAGCAAAGCAACGACUCUGCUAGCGUUAAGGUUAACGAGGCUAAAACUACAGAUGAUGGCAACUUAAAGCAGAUAAAUUUGCAUUCUAUUAUCGUAUAAUUGACGCGAUUAAAAUCAUCGUCAUUUCAGGCCUAAAGUCUGCGCCUGACACAUCAGCCUCAGGGUUUUUAAUCCUGAGACGUCCCCGAGAUGGCCGCUAACUAGCCAAGGUUGCCUAUAAAUAAACUUAACUACAGAAACUUUAUUAAAAAAAAAUAACCAGCAGUCUAGCUGGAUUACAGCUACUACAUGGGCGAAAUAUUUGAAACAUUAACAAACUGUACCAAAAAUAAUGGAACUCACUUUUCCUCAGUAACAAGCGACACCAACAUAUCGCAGGGUUUAGUUUUUAUUUUAGUCUUUCUUGGCAGUUAGACAUUUUACUUGACUUUUUACUUACAGAUUUUUUCCCCCAACUUUUCCUGACUUUUUUUUUUUUUUUUCACUAAAGAGCCCACACACACACACUCACACACACACAUGCACACAAAACAUAAGCAAUGUUUAAUUCAAAUUUUAAAAGCAAAAUCCGUAUUACAUAUUAAUAACUUUGUGGGACAGUAUUUAAAAACGUACUUGUGGGAAUCAAGCACCUUGUGUGUCACACUUUGUGAACUAGUGUUUUAUCCCACAGUGCUGCUGAAUCCUCGAUUCAGAUUUUUCCGGAGGUGUUGCUUAAUUUUCUAUAACAAGAAGUCUAAAAGAAGUUCUAAUACAUAAUCAUUUCCAUAGCAACAGUGCAUGCAGUACACUGCACACGGGAUUUGUUUACUGCAUCCUCCUCGUAAAAACACGAUCAAAAUAAAAAACGAAGAAAAAAAGUCGAUGGAGUUUUCUUCGAGGAGAUGUUUUAACAUUUUUGGAAGGAGUCUCCAGUUUCAACACUCCGUAACAGCCAU